CGGAACGAGUUUAUAUAAAGCGCCUGCGGGUUUCGCUUUGCCAUCAAACAUUCCGUUCUAAAUCUACACAGGAAAAGCAAAGGUCAUUCUCGAUAGGGCGAAAUGGUUCGUGCCGAGAAGAGCUGCUGUUUUGCAAAGCCUACCGUCCGGCCGCUUAUUCGCGUUUAUCCCGCGGUUACAUGUUGGAGCGAGUUAAUUACUGGCUAAAAAUCCACAGAUUUAAAAUGCCUCCGUGUAUCAUGGACAGCCAGUUCACCUCACCCUUUGAACCCCAAAAUAUUCUCCUCAACAGUUGCUAUCCCUUUGGCUUUGGGAUGACAAAAAAUCCACCUCUUGAACCAGUCAGUUACCCACCUGCUGGCACAUUUUCAGUUCUUCGACAUAUGUUCAAGCUCACUAUGGUCUGGUUGCGAAGAUUUUUAUAUUUUUGGCAGCCUUUCUCUACAAACCUGAUGAAGACUAUGUUGAGGGGCAUUGCUAGAAGAGCAUUGCCCAUCUUAGAGAAGAUAAAGAAGGCCAGAGAACUUAAAAGAAAUAAAAACAACACUGAGAAGAUGAUGGAGAAAGACAGCUGUCAAGAACGUUGUUUUCUGAAGAGUCAUAUAAACCAUCUUUCGGAGAGAAAUUUGGUUUUAGACUGUUUUGGAGAAGACAUUGAACAAGUUUUGAUCGAUUCAAGCAGCAUUACAGUAAAUAACAUGCAUUUGGAAGAGGAAGGGAUUUCUGAGCUGUGUUUAAUAAGUCCUACGAUAGUAUUUGAUUUGAGAAAUAAUUGGCAAGAUUCUUCAGGAAAGGACAUGGAAUGUGUGACUGUAAAAAGUUCUGAGCAUGUCUCUCUUAAGUUGUUGGAAGAAGAUACUUGCAAUCCUGAAAUCUUUAUAAAAGAGUUGGACCUCUGUGGAUGCUUAGAAAAUACUUUGGACUGCUUAAAUCCUAAUGGACAAUUAAAUUUUAAUAAGGGCCUUGAUGAAAUUUUGGAAACCACCUUCGUUCCCCAGGAACUGGAGAAGAACAUGAAAUCUAACCAGGAUCCGCCAAUAGGUGGAAAACAAAGCUUAAUAUGUUCACUUGGUUCUUCAAAGGAUGAGAAAAAACCAGAAAUGAAGCAAAAGAGUGGAAAGAAUGAAGCUACGUGUAACAUGGAAUCCCCUACCAACCCCGGUAGCUUCCAGAGUUCCCUGGUACUUUCCUUAUUCUAUAGUCCAUUAGAAGAUGAAGAAGAUGACAAUGAUGACAGUUCAGAAGACUGGUGGAGUGAGGAUGAGAUGGAAGACAGUAGUAAGACCCAAAUUUGCUCUGAUGGCAACAAUUCAGGAGACCGAGAGAAUUAUCAGGAUAUAGAAGAGGAGGGCUCUGUACAGAAGAUUGUUUUUGAGAAUCUCUGUGGAGCUCUAUCUAUGAACAGUGAUCCCUUACAUCCACUUUGCUUUUCCAAACCUAUUCAGGCCCUUACAGACUUCACCAUUGCUUCACUGAAUGCCCCAAACCAUCAAGAAACUGUCUCUUCUUAUUGGACAAGAACCAGUUCUAAACUUGAAGAAUCAUGUCAUCUCCCAAAGCAGUCAUUGCCCAGAGAACAUCAAAAAGUUGAAAGAAAUCAGGAGACCUACCUAUGCUGCCAACCAAGUCUCAGGAAAAGCUCUUCUCCACUCCCUGCAGAAACAGUUUCACAGCAGGAAAUCCAGGUGAAAAAGAAGGUCCGAUUCUCCCCAGUGGUCACUGUCCACUCACUGGUAGUCUGGGACUACGCCUCUCGGGCUGCCCGUCGGGGCCCAUGGGAGGAAAUGGCUCGUGACCGCUGCCGCUUCCACCGAAAAAUCACUCAAAUGGCAGCCAUCUUGGAGCCUUGCUUGGCAAAGGAUCAUCGGGACAAAGUUUGGAAGAGGAUCCAUGGGGUUUCCACAUCUUGCUGACAACAAUCCCACCAGUUCCAGUACCACCAGAAAAGAGGAUUCCAGAAUUAGGAAUGGAAAGCCUCUUUCAGAUUAAAACAAAAGUUGAGGAUUCUGGGGGAAUUCUGAUCCUGGUUUUCCAUCACUAAAAGAAGAAAGUUGAUUUUGCUCUUCUGUUUAGUGUUUUAAAGUGUGGUGUGAACUAGAACCUCAUUGUUCAUAGAUUUGAAGCAAUUUUUCAACUGAUGAUUUUGGGGAUAUAGAUAGAGUCUGGCCCAAACCAUUGUGGAUGAGAUAAAAACAUGUUGACUAUAUGAAGGAGUAACAUGAGUGAAAAUAUCAAGGCUUUUGUUUUCUGAAUAAAUAUAAUUCUAGGUUGUUACUACUACUACUAUUACUGCUAUUGCUGCUGCUGCUGCUGCUGCUGCUGCUACUACUACUACUACUACUACUACUACCUCCUCCUUUGUUUGAAAAGUCAUGAAACAUGGCUGUUUUAAUGAAUAUAUGUGAGAAAUAAUUGCUUUUAAAUACAAUAUUAAGUUCUAUACUGCAGUUCCAUUUCACAGGCAUUAUUUGGGCUCCAUUGUAUGUGAUCAGAAUCUUUUGAUUCCAAGUCAACCUUGCUUGUUCUGGAACUGGAAUUUUGAGUUGGUCCCUCUGGAUUUAUCAGAGGGGCAAUUUGAAGGUUAUUGAGAAAAAAAUGGUGCUAAACAUAUAGUUGAAAAGAUCAACCAAGGCUGGCUCUGAUUUCUUCACCUCUGUGGUCUGAUUUCAUGGCUAAACUUUUUCAUAUGCACCAAUUAGAGGGCAAGAAAUGGAUCCAAAAUUUGACAAUUUACAUUUUGUAUAUUGGAAGGAGUUGGUUUGCUUGUUUGAAUAUUUGCAAAAUCUCUGCUAGAUCGUAUACAUUUUUAAUUGAAGAAAAAUGUUUUUGAAAGAUUUCUAUUAAUUGAUAUUAAAUUAUUCCUUUGAAA